AUGUCUCAUUUCUAUUAUGAAGUCGGUUUAAGAUCUUCCAUAGGACGAUUGUUCUAUGUUCCGCCAGGGUGUGGAGAGUUAUACUAUCUUAAAUGUCUUUUAAAUUUGGUAAGCGGACCUUUUAGCCAUGAAGAUAUUCGCACUGUUGCAGGAGUCAUUCAUAAUUCGUUUAGGGAUACAUGUUAUGAAUAUGGAUUGUUAGAUGAUGACAAGGAGUACAUUGAUGACAUUAUUGAUUCGAGUUACUGGGCAUCCGUGUAUGCUUUGCGAAGGUUAUUUGUUACGCUUCUCACUUUAAGUUCACUCAGUAAGCUAGAAGUAGUUUGGAAUGCCGUUUGGGAAUUUCUUGCCGAGGAUGCACAGGUUCAACGUCGACGUGUCUUGCAAAAUCCAGAUAUUCNGUAUGCUUUGCGAAGGUUAUUUGUUACGCUUCUCACUUUAAGUUCACUCAGUAAGCUAGAAGUAGUUUGGAAUGCCGUUUGGGAAUUUCUUGCCGAGGAUGCACAGGUUCAACGUCGACGUGUCUUGCAAAAUCCAGCACCGAUGAUGCACAAAUACUAUUUUGAGGCUUUGGACAAAACCAUGAGCGACAUAUUGAGGUUCGUCAUACCGGGUAGUGCUGAAAAGACUUUUGGUGGAAAGACAGUAGUUUUGGGAGGCGAUUUUAGACAUAUCCUACCUGUUAUUCCGAAAGCUGCCAUACCGGGUAGUGCUGAAAAGACUUUUGGUGGAAAGACAGUAGUUUUGGGCGGCGAUUUUAGAUCGAUCCUACCUGUUAUUCCGAAAGCAACAAGACCAGAAGUUGUCGAAGCAACUAUUAAUUCUUCAUACCUAUGGACAAAUUGCAAGGUAUUAAGGUUGACCAAGAACUUGAGACUACGGACCUUAGCUUUAGAGGAAGAUAGACAUACUGUUGACUGGUUUUCAAAAUGGAUUGCAGACAUCGGAGAUGGGAUUGCAGGGGUUGUAAACAAUGGUUCAUUUGAUAUCGAUAUUCUGUUUGAGAUCUUGUUCUCUCAUCCCUCUCUAGAGCUUGUACUUCUUUCUGCGAAGCUUAGAGACAACAAUGGCAGGUGA